UAACUUCCAAACGCACCAUGGUUUCGACAUCGAUUCCUUGUCUGUGGAUUACAUUUUGCCUUCAUUUAUGUUGUUACACGAACCCAGGAAUAGCACAAAAUACGAAAGAAGUGAUCCUGCUGGAUUCUAAAGCUCAGCAGACAGAGCUGGAGUGGAUUUCCUCUCCUCCUAGUGGGUGGGAAGAGAUCAGCGGACUGGAUGAAAACUAUACCCCCAUCCGCACCUACCAGGUCUGCCAGGUCAUGGAGCCCAACCAGAACAACUGGCUUCGGACUAACUGGAUAGAGAAGGGCGAUGCCCAGAGGAUUUUUGUGGAACUGAAGUUCACCUUGAGGGAUUGUAACAGUCUACCUGGUGUGGUGGGGACGUGCAAGGAGACGUUCAACCUGUAUUACCAGGAAACCGAGUCCGAGGUCGGUAGGAAUAUACGAGAGAGCCAGUACGUGAAAAUUGACACUAUCGCCGCCGAUGAGAGCUUCACUCAGGGAGACCUGGGGGAAAGGAAGAUGAAGCUCAACACCGAAGUGCGCAUAAUCGGGCCUCUCUCCAGACGGGGCUUUUAUCUGGCCUUUCAGGACGUGGGGGCCUGCAUCGCUCUGGUGUCCGUCAAAGUGUAUUACAAGAAGUGCUGGUCUAUCAUUGAGAACCUGGCCACCUUCCCCGACACCGUGACGGGGUCAGAGUUCUCCUCCCUGGUCGAAGUGGAGGGGACCUGCGUGAGCGACGCGGAGGAGGAGGCCGACAAUUCUCCCAAGAUGCAUUGCAGCGCCGAGGGAGAAUGGCUGGUGCCCAUCGGGAAAUGUAUCUGCAAAGCGGGAUUUCACCAGAAGGGCGACUCGUGCGAACCCUGUGGCCGCGGAUUCUACAAGUCCUCCUCCCAGGACCUGCAGUGCUCCCGCUGCCCGGCGCACAGCUACAACGACCGGGAAGGCUCCUGGCGCUGCGACUGCGAGGACGGCUACUACAGGGCCGUCUCGGACCCGCCCUCCGUGGCCUGCACACGCCCCCCCUCGGCGCCUCAGAACCUGGUGUACAACAUCAACCAGACCACGGUGAGCCUGGAGUGGAGUCCCCCAGCGGACACGGGCGGCCGCAGCGACGUCACCUACAGGAUUAUGUGCCGGAGGUGCAGCUGGGAGCCGGAAGAGUGCGCUCCCUGCGGCGGGAACGUGGGCUACUACCCGCAGCAGUCUGGAUUAACUGACACCUACGUCACCGUCCUGGACCUUCUGGCCCACGCCAACUACACCUUCGAGGUGGAGGCCGUCAACGGUGUGUCGGACCUGAGCCGCACGCAGAGGUUGUUCGCGGCCGUCAACAUCGCCACCAGCCAAGCAGCUCCCUCCCAGGUCAGCGAAGUUAUCAAGGAGAGGGUUCAGGAACGGAGCGUCCAGCUCUCCUGGCAGGAGCCCGAGCAGCCCAACGGAGUCAUCACCGAAUACGAAAUCAAGUACUACGAGAAGGACCAAAAGGAUCGUAUUUAUUCGACGGUGAAGUCAAAGUCGACCUCGGCCACGGUGAACAACCUGAAGCCCAGCACGGCGUACGUGUUCCAGAUCCGAGCCUUCACUGCGGCGGGGUACGGCACUUAUGGCCCUCGCCUGGAGGUGACGACCAGAGAGGAGGCCACAGCCACUAUUGUCUCCAGCGAGCAGAACCCGGUCAUCAUCAUCGCGGUGGUGGCCGUGGCAGGAACCAUCAUCCUGGUGUUCAUGGUGUUCGGCUUCAUCAUUGGGAGAAGGUACGCACUCGCGGGCCCCAUUGACUCCCCGCUGCUGCACUGCGGGUACAGCAAAGCAGACCAAGAGGGAGACGAGGAGCUGUACUUUCAAUUUAAAUUUCCAGGCACCAAAACGUACAUCGACCCCGAAACCUAUGAGGACCCGAACCGAGCAGUCCACCAGUUUGCCAAAGAGCUGGACGCCUCCUGCAUUAAGAUCGAGAGAGUUAUCGGCGCAGGGGAGUUCGGAGAAGUUUGCAGCGGGCGCUUGAAGCUUCCUGGCAAAAGAGACAUGUCCGUCGCCAUCAAAACCCUGAAGAACGGCUACACGGAGAAGCAGAGGCGGGACUUCCUGUGCGAGGCCAGCAUCAUGGGGCAGUUCGACCAUCCGAACGUGGUCCAUCUAGAAGGUGUCGUCACCCGUGGAAAACCUGUCAUGAUUGUGAUCGAGUAUAUGGAGAACGGAUCAUUAGAUGCAUUCCUAAGGAAACACGACGGUCAGUUCACAGUCAUCCAGCUGGUGGGGAUGCUCCGGGGGAUCGCGGCUGGGAUGAGAUACCUUUCCGAUAUGGGAUACGUCCAUCGGGAUUUGGCUGCGCGCAACAUUCUUGUCAACAGCAAUCUCGUAUGUAAAGUGUCCGACUUCGGGUUGUCAAGAGUGAUCGAGGACGAUCCGGAGGCUGUCUACACGACGACGGGCGGAAAAAUCCCGGUACGGUGGACAGCAACAGAAGCCAUCCAGUAUCGCAAAUUCACGUCCUCUAGCGACGUGUGGAGUUAUGGGAUUGUCAUGUGGGAGGUCAUGUCUUAUGGGGAGAGACCCUAUUGGGACAUGUCCAAUCAAGAUGUAAUAAAGGCGAUCGAGGAGGGCUACCGUCUCCCCGCUCCCAUGGACUGCCCACCUGGCCUGCACCAGCUGAUGUUGGACUGCUGGCAGAAAGAAAGGGCUGACCGGCCCAAAUUCGAUCAAAUAGUCGGCAUCCUUGAUAAAAUGAUUCGCAAUCCCAACACUCUAAAAACCCCUGUUGGAACAUGUACAAGACCGAUUAGUCCCCUGUUAGAUCAGAACACACCAGACUUCACCACUUUCCGCUCGGUGGGGGACUGGCUGGAAGCCAUCAAAAUGGAGAGGUACAAAGACAACUUCACGGCGGCUGGGUACAGCUCGUUGGAAUCCGUGGCGAGGAUGACUAUUGAGGAUGUGAUGAGCUUGGGAAUCACUUUAGUGGGGCAUCAGAAAAAGAUCAUGAGCAGCAUACAGACUAUGAGGGCCCAGAUGCUCCACCUCCACGGAACGGGCGUCCAGGUGUGACUGACAACGGCGCCCCCCGCAAUGGGGGCAAAGACUCAUCCAGAACAAUGCCACGGUACAACUGUGGACAAUCAUAGAAAAAAAAAUAAUGAAUACAAAAAAACAAAAAAACGAACAAAAAAAAACGUGUUGCUUCCCAUGUGUGAGUCUUACGGAUUUACGGAACUUAAAAAAAUAAAAAAUAAAUCAUUCCUUUGUUCCUUGGCGCCACUGACGAGAAGGAUCUUAACCUUUUCCCGGUCGCUGAAGAAAGGAGAAACUACCUGGACAUACAGAAUUUUCCAAUCUCUGAGGAAAUUUGAACCACAUAUCAAGAAAGGCGAAGAGGAGCGAUUUAAUUGGAGGCUUUUCAGUUUGUUCCUUUCGAACUUUGUCAUUUGUUUUCCUCCUCUAUGGCCAUAGUCAAUAUGGAUUUCACAAAAACAUUUUGCCCACAUAGAAGACGCUAUUUUGCGUGCGGUGGUGAUUUCAAUGCCAUUUUUAUUAUAGUUCUGUUUAUUCGUGUCAGCCAUAAUGAUAUGGUGUGGUUUGUAGACAUAACAUUUGUUCUCUUCUCUUUAUUUCUUUACUGUUUUUUUACUUUCAUUUGAACUUGACAACAGGGUAAAGUCUCCCAUCCAAAAUGUGGAUUAAUAUGGCUGUAUUGUUGGAUGUUUAGGCAUGACCAGUUUGUGUUGAAGCAUUCUAGGUUCUUUGAAUUGUUUGCAGUGAGAGUUUUUGCCCCAGAUUUUGCUUGAAGGUGGAAGUAAUAUCUUGCACUGCAGUUGCUAUUUUAGAAACUUGGAUGUUUGAAGCUUACAGGGGUGUUUAUAGCAUACUUAUAAAAAAAAAAGAAAAAUAGCCCGAUUUUUAAAAGGAAUCCCUAAAAUGAAAAACAGUACAGAAACAUUACAUAUACCAUGAAAAAAAAAUCAUGAAAUAUAUUUGUGAAUAUCAAAGAUAAAUGUGGAGACAUUUUUUACGCUACCACUGAAAUCAUUUCAUUUUAUUAAACAAGGAUUACCUUCUGAGAAUCCUGUUUUUUAAAUAUUUAACAAAAACACUCCACAGUUAGCACUAUAGAAAGAUUGUAUUGAAACUAAAGGGCAGAUUCAAUAUAAUGAAAAACAUUUUGCUAUAGUGAUACCUUAAGAAAAUCAGCUUAUAUUAAAAGGUAGUAUUACUUUUCAUAGUAACUUACACAUUUAGAAUUAUUUCAAAAAAUGAAAAAAAAAUGUGCAAGUCUUAUCUGAAAGCAACACUGCCUUAAGUAUUUUGUUUUAGUUUCUUUGUUUGAUGUUUGUUUUUUCUGGGUAUCAGUAAGGCAAAAAUGCUUUGUAGUUGAAUCUUCCUCAAGUUUACUUUAAGGAACAGAUUUUUUUUCCAAUAAUAUUGUGGUAUCCUACCUAGAACUUGAAUAUAUGAAAAGAAUUGAUUCUUUCGUUCAGAAGUUGAAGUGAUUAAAAAAAUGUUUGUGUGCGAUUAACAGUAUGGUUAACUCGACCAAACAGAGCAAUAAUAACUCCAGAGAAAGCAUGUCAUCUUCUGAAAUGUUGCGGUGCUAGGUUUUAUAGAUAUGCUGUAGUGUUGGGGUGCGUUCAGUCACUGAGUGGAUUUGGAGUAUACAUUGACCUUUUUCAAACAGCAGGUUGCCUGGUGAGCCUUUUGGUUAUUUAUUUAUGCGCAUCUGCUUAAACUGUCCUGGCGUUUGUGUACUGUGGCUGUAACAUACGUACAUGAAACUAGGUGUAUCAUUUUUCUCUACCCUCCCCCUUUUGAGUUUAAAGGGGCACGGUGACAGCAAACGGCCUCUGCACAAUCGUGCUCACAGCCAAUUACUGGUGCCAUCGCAGUCUUGUUUGUACAACAAAUGAAUGUGUUAUCAUUGAAUUUUGUCUUCAGAAUUGUAGUCUUUUGACAAAUUAUUUCCUUUUUUACUUAAUAUUAAGAAAAUGAUACUUGUAGGUAUUUCAAAUUGAACGACAUAAGGGGUUGUUCCGAACUUUUCAGAAUUCUGAAAAAAAAGAAGAAAAAAAGGCAUGGAUGUAUAAGCAAUAUUUUUGAGAAACAUCUGAUUUUGUUUAUGGAAAAAAAAAAAAAAACUUUGGAAGAAACGCUGAAAUAAUUUCAGAAAAAAUAGAUGGGUCUUCUCUAUAAGAAGGUGACUGUCUCUUGACGUCCUUGUAUUUUGUCAAGGAUGCGGUUUUGAGUUGACUGUAUGGGAACUACAAUAGGAAGCCAGCUUCAGAAAGCAUGCGUGCAUGCAGAAGCCACGGCGGAAAAGCUGGACUCAUCUGUGUUUAAACAUAAAAUCGACGGCUGGUCGCUUCCGCUCGAUGGCUCCUUUGUGAGAGACUCGUUCAGAAACGUGACCUGUGCCUGGACUUGUCUGUGAGCCAUUUUCACCCAUAUGGUUAACCAAACCAGGAACCCUUGGAAGUCUACCCAAUGCCCGCAAAGGGAUUUUUGGAAGCAGACCGUGACAUCUGGUCUCUGUGUCACGGGCCCGCUCUUCUCUCUGCGCAGCAAACCUCAGCAAUUGGUUCCCUGCCAGACUUUUCAAUUGAAUACCAGCAUAAACACAUUAGUCAGCAGCAACCCCGCCCCCCCCCCCCCCCCUCCUAGUCACCCCGCAUCGCUACCAAAAGGGCCAGCCGCCAUCCGCCCUUACAGGCCAGGCCGUGAUGUCAUCCCCCCGAUCCGCCCCCUCCCCUCAGGGUCUUGGUUCCUAUAGAGACAGAAAAUGGUAGGCCAGCAUGAGAUUAUAGUGUUAAAAAUACGUGGUGAGAAAAAUGACUAUAGGAAAGCGAGAAAUGUUGGAAUUUGUGGACACCCCCUUACAAGUGUGGCAGAUGUUUCCAAAGAGUAAAGCACUGUUGAUUGUGUCAGAAAGAUCGUAGAGAUCUGAGAAAAAAAAAGAAAAAAAAAAACUUUGUAUAUGGUCUAUUGUAAAACUUGUAAAUUUAAUUUAUAUUGUUGUUUUUUACACACAUUUCUCUGUAGUGAGCUCUGAAUACAUUAAAAAUGCACUAUAUUUUUCUAUCUCACUUGCAGAUUAUUGUCACCCAGAUAAUUUCAGUUGUACAUAAUUUCUCAUUUAGGACCAAAGAUGGCUAAUAGGUUUUCCAUUUUUUUGUUCGUUUAUUUUUUUGUUUUGUUUUGUUUUAGAUUAAUGUACAGUAAGAUGAAUUGUCAAUGUAUUAUUUAUUUUUCUGUGAUGAGAGUAUUGAGAUUAUUCACUGGUCAGAAGUAUUUUCCCCUCCAGCAGAACUGUAAAAUCAUUAACCUAGGCGAUUUAUUGUUACAUAGACAUUUCUUUUUUGCUUUGUAACCUUUGUAAUAGACUGUACAUAUAUUUUUGGAAAUAUAAUACAAUCUCUACUGAAAUCUUGUUUUUUCCCCACUGGAUUCUCUCACCUGAAUGCUGUUUAUUAGUGGGCUAUUUGUUGAGAGGUGAUGUCUGUUGCCUUUGGUUUCUCAUUGGGGUUUUAAAAAAUGUUAAUGGGUCGUUGCUAUGGGAUUACAAGUCACUGUGGUGUAAUCUUAAUGAAUCCAUUGGCAAUUAAGUCACCACACUAAAUCAGACUGUGUGCUGUGAAAGUUGACAAA